UAAUUUAUUUAUUGGUGUGAGAUUUAUCAUUUUAUUGUUCACUCUGUUUUUCUGCUCUCUUAUGAACUUAUAAUUAAGCCAAAAAGAAAAAAAAAAGGUUUUAGUGAAUUUGAUAAUGAGCUGAACAGCAGAAAAAAGAGGGAUCUUUGGAGUGGAAAAUAGAAUAAGAAUAGAAUCUUUGUUGUUUGUUUCUUCUUUAAAAAAAAAAAAACAAAAUUGGUUUUGUGAUAUGAAUUGUGGGUUUCUGGGUUGUUCUUCGAAAGGAUCUGUUUGAAGCUUUGGGGUUUUGUUUUUGAGUCUUUAAAGAAGGGGGGAAAUGGCUAGAAGUAAUGAAGUCAACCUCAAUGAAUGCAAGAUGGUGGUUCCCCUAAAUACGUGGGUCCUCAUCUCCAAUUUUAAGUUGGCUUACAAUCUUCUUCGUCGACCUGAUGGCACUUUCAAUCGUCACUUGGCAGAGUUUCUUGAUCGCAAAGUUCCUGCUAAUGCUAACCCAGUUGAUGGGGUUUUCUCGUUUGAUGUUCUCAUUGAUCGUGGUACGAGCCUCCUGAGUCGGAUUUAUAGGCCAACUACAGCUGAAGAGCCUCAACCGAAUAUUGCUGAACUUGAGAAACCUGUUACAGCGGCGGUGGUCCCUGUUAUUAUUUUCUUUCACGGUGGAAGCUUUGCACAUUCCUCGGCUAAUAGUGCUAUAUAUGACACUCUAUGUCGGAGAUUGGUAAGCCUUUGUAAGGCUGUUGUGGUCUCCGUGAAUUAUCGCCGUGCACCUGAAAAUAGAUAUCCGUGUGCUUAUGAUGAUGGGUGGACUGCUCUCAAGUGGGUUAACUCUAGACCAUGGCUUCAAAGUCAGAAAGAUUCUAAGGUUCAUAUAUAUCUAGCCGGAGAUAGCUCUGGUGGUAACAUUGCACACCAUGUUGCUCUGCGAGCCAUAGAAUCAGGAAUUGAUGUAUUGGGAAGUAUAUUGCUCAAUCCAAUGUUUGGUGGACAAGAAAGAACUGAAUCUGAAAAGCGUUUAGAUGGGAAAUACUUUGUUACUCUACGAGAUCGGGACUGGUAUUGGAGAGCUUAUCUUCCUGAAGGUGAAGACAGAGAUCAUCCUGCAUGUAACCCUUUUGGACCUAACGGUAGAAGUCUCGAGGGAAUCAAAUUUCCAAAGAGUCUUGUCGUGGUUGCUGGCUUGGACCUUAUUCAGGAUUGGCAAUUGGCUUAUGUUGAAGGGCUCAAAAAAGCUGGACAAGAGGUUAAACUUUUAUACAUGGAACAGGCCACGAUUGGUUUUUACUUGUUGCCGAAUAACCAUCACUUCCAUACUGUUAUGGACGAGAUAAGCAAAUUCGUGAGUUCUGACUGUUAAUAGAAUUAACCUGACCUACAGGCCGCCAUAAACGACAGGAGCUUGACAUUCCUCCACUUGUGGCAACCAACAAGUUUGCAGUUUAUGAUUGUGUAGUAUUACUAGUUAGUGUCUUAUUAAUGCUGGUAUUAUUUUGCUCCAUAUUUUCGGACUACCGAGCUUGAUUAUAUGGUAAAGAAGAGGUAUUCCAGCUCAUAGCUGGAUCAGGAUGUGUUCUGGUCUGCAUUCACUCGCCUGGACUUGAGUGUUAUAGUUCGAUGAAGCUCUUGUUUCAGUUAGAGCCUUUUUGACUAUGUUUUAGCAGACAAAGUUUAAGAGUUACAAAUUCUGGCUUCUUGCCACAAAGGAGAAGAAGACAGGAAUAUAUGGAUAACAUUCGGUAACCGAUCAAGGGAUCGGUGUCUGGCUAAUGUUAUAUAUAUAAAUAUAUAUGCUAAUUUUAGAACAUGGAUUAGAGAGUUCUCCAUGGCUUUUAUGACCCUGUAUGUUUAUACAUAUGUGUUAGUAUAUAUAAAGAUGUUUGCUUAAAUCA